CCAUCGAGAGGUUGGCUACAAAGACCGGCAUGGAUAGAUGGGGCCGUAAACCCUCCGCAAUUCUACGUCACGGCUGAACAAAUCCAGCUCGCUCGCGCAAACGCUUUUGCGGUCUUGCGGCGGGUGCAGCAUGAUGCAGAAAGCGGGCAAAAUGCGCGUGGAACUCACUCGGAAGGUCUGCGAUUCGUGCAGGUCCAAUUCCCGCAGCCAGCGCAGGGGGUAGGUCGACCGACAAUUGAUGACAUAUUGCCUGUGCAACGACAGCAUCUGGUUUCUGUUACACUACAGUACACAAGUGUCGAGAAAGGGCCAGCGGCUCGAGGGUCAAAGGUGGUGUCUAAGAAGGUCCAAGUUAACAAGUUUGAGAAGCUCGUCUUGGACAAGAUGACGCGAAAUGACUUUGUACGGGCCGUAUUAAAGGUACAUGAUCUCUCCGACAGUUAUGCCCCAGGUGAUGUGUCUGGCCCGGCCUUUCGGCUCUGGUGGCAGGGAUCGAGUGGUGGGAAAAGCGGGGCUGGGACGAUUGACACGGAUCGUGAAUUCACGAUUGCGCUCGGCGCUAUCGUGAAAAAACGAGGAUGUGCGGUUAAUGUUGAGAUCAACCUUGACAACAUGGAAGGCUUUCGUGUCCGUCCGAGGAUCCCGCAGUCAGUAGGGCCGGAAGCUACGAAUGACGACGAGGAGCUUCUCGGCGGUGCUGGCAUUCCUCGGGUGGAGUCAUUCCCCGACGAGGCCCAGCUCCACGGUGGAAUCAUUCUGGAACUGAAGCGCCUCCACGAGUGUAAGGAGCAUCUCGGCGAACAUGGUGAAACGGGCUACUGUUACAAGAACGAAAAUGGUCACAUCGGGUUGAAUAACCGACGCCUCAAGAUAUGGGCUGCUGCAAUUGUGCAGCGACAUGCUAAACAUUCUAGUGGAUCCUCUCCUCCCGCCACCCCUCGGAAACGGCAUGCCAGAUCCCGUUCAUCCUCUCCGCCUCCGCCACCUGACAUGCUGCUCCAUUCGUUCCUCGUAGCUUUGAAGGACCGACGUGGCAUUGACUUCCUUGCAGUCGAGCCAGUACUUGCCGCCAAGGAGAUCACACCUGACAUCAUACACCGUGUGCCGGUCGAUACACUCUGCAACAUGAUGAACUCCGUCGAAGGCCGGGUCUUAAAGAUGGUUGAUUUUGCCGAAGAAUGGAAUCCCCGUAGCAAGGGUAAGCGGGCUCGUCGU